AUGUCUAAGACCCCGGAAGUGCCGAAGGAGGGCCCAACGUCCCCGCGCAGCGAUGCCUCCAACAUCUCUGCCUUCUCUCAGAGGCCUACAAGGCUUCUGGAUCUGCUGCCAGUAGCACCAUGGUGCGGAAAAUGCCUUCCGCAGCCCCCCGAUGGGCAGCUACCGAUCAAGCCGGAGGAGCUUGUACUGGGCCAAGCCGCAGACAUCAAGGCUCUGACGGAAAAUAUCAACGAGUAUGGCAGAUUGAACACCGGCUCCAAGAGAACGGCCUCGAGGAGUAGAGCCGCUGUGCAGGAGGGCCCGGUCAAGUUCCACAACCGGCAAUCCAGGAUCGAGCAGCUAUCGGAACGCUUGAAAUUGACGGCGUCCCACCCCACCACCUUCUUCGCGCGAACGGUGGAGCGGCCGGAGGAGAUCGAGCUGAUGCCUAGCAUGACCCGGUCCAGAUUCUCGCAGGACGACUUCGCGGGCUACGUCGUGCAAUUGAAUCCUGAAGACUCGGACAGUGACUCUGAGAGAGGUGUAGCGAAACCGUUGACGCAGUUCACCACAGAGCAGGUGAGUCGCAUGGAGUUGGUGGCCUUGAAUCAUGUCAAGAUGCAGACGUUGAAACAACGCAUUGCGGAGGAAGGCGUGCAUUCUAUUCGCGCAACUGCUGCGGAUGCGGCAAGAUGGGACGUCUCUCGUCGCAAUGCUUCCGGUGAUCACUGGGAACCAGAAAUCUCCUGGAAAGGGGAGAUGAUUUCGCCCGAGGAGAACUACUAUUUGAUGGCGCAGCUCCGGUUCCUGCCGUUCUUCAACGAGGUCCCGCAAGAAUUGUAUGAGACCAUUGUGGAGCACACGACCACCCAGACCUACGUGCCAGGCUGCCACCUCUUUAGUGAGGGGGAGACGGCCAACAGCCUCUUCCUGAUUCUCACUGGGCAGGUGCACUUGCGGAGCGAAACCCACGUGGCCAUGGACUAUGACACUAUGAAGUCUUCGCCCGCACUGCUCUUACCACACGAUCUCUUCAGCCAGUCUCGAGGCUGA